AUGACCAGCUUAAUAACCGAAGACGAAGACAAUAAAGAUCGAAAGUUAACGGAGCCGGAAACAGAAGAUGACAAGAAAUCGAUUCGAAAUCAACUGGCGAAAGGGCACGUACCGGCGAAACAACCAUUAAUUUGGCAAAACAUUAUUGGAUUCGUAUAUGGAGUUCUUGGUGGUUUAGGUGUAACGGCAGGCGCUCAUCGUUUUUGGGCACAUAGGAGUUAUAGUGCCAAACUGCCACUCAAAAUUAUGCUUGCUUGUUUUUACUGCAUGGCCGGACAGACUCAUUUGACUAAAUGGAUUCGAGUUCACCGAACGCAUCAUAAAUACACGGAUACACCCGCGGAUCCUCAUAACGCUAGUCGCGGCUUCUUUUUCUCGCAUGUUGGCUGGUUAAUGAUGAAGCACCAUCCGGCGGUGAAAGAAUAUGGGAAAAGUGUGAAUCUGAGUGAUAUCGCUGCCGAUCCUGUCAUCCGUUUCUUCGACAAAUAUUAUCCACCGAUUAUGAUGUUGCUAACCUAUGUCGUGCCAAGUUUGAUACCCGUGUAUUUAUGGAAUGAAACCUGGAUAGUAGCCAUAGGCAGUUCUCUUCUUCGCCAUCUGAUUAUGUUGAAUGCAGCUUUUGCCGUGAAUAGUUUUGCUCAUUUAUGGGGUUCUCGACCGUAUAGCAGAAAUAUUAAGGCAGCGGAGAAUCCAACGGUGUCUUUUGUUGCUCUUGGUGAGGGUUGGCACAAUUACCAUCAUUGCUUUCCAUGGGACUAUAAGGCUGCGGAACUAGGUUCAUAUGGUCUGAAUCUGACGACUGGCUUUAUAGAUUUUAUGGCCUGGCUAGGAUAUUAUCCGCCGAUCAUGCUAACACUAACCUUUAUUCUACCGACUGUGAUACCUGUAUAUUUCUGGAAUGAAAGCUGGAUAGUAGGCAUAGGUGCUACAUUGGUUCGCUGGAUAUGGACGAUAAACGUUACUUUUGCUGUCAACAGUUUUGCUCACUUAUGGGGCACGCAACCUUACAACAAGCAUAUUAUGGCAAAGCAGAAUAAAGUUGUAGCUUUUUUUACUUUUGGUGAGGGUUGGCACAAUUAUCAUCAUUGCUUCCCUUGGGACUAUAAAGGUUCGGAACAUUUCAACCUGGCAGGCGCCUUCAUAGAUAUCAUGGCCUGGUUAGGAUUAGCUUAUGAUCUAAAGACGACGAAUUCCACAUUGGUCGAGAAAUUGUAUAAAGAAAAAGGUGAUGGAUCUCACGAGAAGAGAGAGAUCGAGAAUUAG